AUAUCUACUAAACUUUAUGGGAUUUGCUUAUCCCAUCUAAUCAGUUUCUCUCACUUUUUCUAAAAUAUCAUAUUGUAAUCAAUAAAUUCUGAAAGCAUUCCUCCUCGACACGUUUUAAAUUUUAAAAAAUGAUCGUUAUUUUAUUUCUUCUCACAUUUAGAGCAUAAAAAUAUUAUUUUUAUUUCUAAUAAUAUACCCUAGAGAUGAAAGAGAGGAUAUAGGAUGAAAUGGGUCCAUCACGUUCAAGCGAGGGGGGCUUAAAUGUUAAGCAAGACAAAGUGGCGGGUUGGUCGGGUGGGUGCACGACAACUAAUGAGUCCAAUGUAAACUAGGGUUUCCUCUUCACUUCGUCGUCCGUCCUCCAGUUUACUAAUCCCACAAAAGGAAACCCUAUAUUCCCCAUCCUCUACGUCUCCACUUUCCUCUUCCAACCAUGUUCUGAUAAAGCCAUCUCUUCCAUAAGAGAAGAGAAAGGGCAGGCCAAAACCUAAACCCACCCUUCUCCUCCUUGAUCGCUCAGUCUCCCUCCUCCUUUUAACUACCCGCUUCCGAGGAAGCGCUCGUCGAGUUGCUUGUUUGGUUGUUGGCCAUUAUUGUUGUGGUUGUGUUUGAUGGCGAACGCGUGCGAGGACGGAGCGCUUUGGCCGCCUUCGGAGUUCCUCCGCGGCGACUGCGUCCGCCAGGGAGGAGCCAACGCGGGCCUCGCAGGGUCUCGCUUUCCCUGUGAGUCCCGCGUAGGUUGUGAUCCCGUUACAGAGAGCGACUACAUGGCCAGGCUCUCCCAUCAGAUGGCUCGCUGCUUUCCCCAGGACGACGAUGACGUAAAGAAGCCGUAACUUCUCAUUAGCGACGAAGCCAUGAGAGGCCUCGAGUCCGCUGACAUGGGUGGUAGGGCAUGGGGCGCUUGCUGCAGUCCGCGUUCUGCCUGCGGUCCGCGUCGACCAAGAGGAGCCCCGAUAGCCCCUCGUUGGUCUCGUCGUCUCCGCUGGAGCAGCGGCACAAGGACGAGCCCUGCGACUUGCUCCGCGAUCUCGGUCGCUGCCAGAGCCUUUACGACCACGGGAUGCUUGGCCAGCCGAAGAGCGCCACCGGAGGAUACUACGCCUCAGGCCCGGUUCUCACCCGUCAUCGACUACAAGCAGCUUAUUUCUAUCACCUGAAGCGGCAGCAAAUGAUGAAACAGCAGCUCUGCGCGGCCUGGGAAAGGCAGAGCAAACCCGGGUGGCCACUGGACCUAUCUUCCUCCGCGUGGCCGCCUUCGCUGCCGGCCUCUGGGAUGCAUGCCGUCUUCCUCAACAACUCCAGGGCCCGGAAGGAGUCCGCCGGCACCGGCGUCUUCCUGCCCCGGACUGCCGACAACAUGCUCGAGCGACGGAAAAGGGCCGCCUGUUCGACCGUUCUGGUUCCUGAUCGAGUGGUGCAAGCAUUGAACCUGAGGCUGGAUGAGUUCGCAGCGCAGCAACGCUUCCCCGGUGGCUUCGUUCUGAGUCGUGAGGCUCUCAUCGGUCGAAGUGGGGCGGUGCAGGCACAGUCACAUCAGAGAAAGAAACAUCACCUCACCGCCCAGCGGACUCGCGCAGCAGCAGCACAUGAGAUGGGGCUCCCCCAGGAGUGGACAUACUGACAUCACCUUCCUCGUAUGUCGAUGAUGUGAAGGAGCUGUUGGAAAAUACUUGUCUUAAUGUAAUCAGCAUUAACUCCCUCGUUCUCUUU